UGGGGCGGCCAAUAGUGGGGGUAGCUGCGUGGGUCGCCAUGGGGACGGGGCUGUUCCCGGGGAGGCUGUGAUGGGUUGACAGGUGCGUGACAGUGGGAGCUGCUCUCGGCACAAGCAUGUACGGCAAAGGCAAGAGUAACAGCAGCGCCGUCCCGUCCGACAGCCAGGCCCGGGAGAAGUUAGCACUCUACGUAUAUGAAUAUCUGCUCCAUGUAGGAGCUCAGAAAUCGGCCCAGACAUUUUUAUCAGAGAUAAGAUGGGAAAAAAACAUCACAUUGGGGGAACCACCAGGAUUCUUACAUUCUUGGUGGUGUGUAUUUUGGGAUCUCUACUGUGCAGCUCCAGAAAGACGGGAAACAUGUGAACAUUCAAGUGAAGCAAAAGCCUUCCAUGAUUACAGUGCUGCAGCAGCUCCCAGUCCAGUGCUAGGAAACAUUCCCCCAGGAGAUGGCAUGCCAGUAGGUCCUGUACCACCAGGGUUCUUUCAGCCUUUUAUGUCACCUCGGUACCCUGGAGGUCCAAGGCCCCCACUGAGGAUACCUAACCAGGCUCUUGGAGGUGUCCCAGGAAGUCAGCCAUUACUUCCCAGUGGAAUGGACCCAACUCGACAACAAGGACAUCCAAAUAUGGGUGGGCCAAUGCAGAGAAUGACGCCUCCAAGAGGAAUGGUGCCCUUAGGACCACAGUCUGACCCUUGGUUAUCAUUACAGAACUAUGGAGGUGCAAUGAGACCCCCACUGAAUGCUUUAGGUGGCCCUGGAAUGCCUGGAAUGAACAUGGGUCCUGGUGGUGGUAGACCUUGGCCAAACCCAACAAAUGCCAACUCAAUACCAUACUCCUCAGCAUCUCCUGGGAAUUAUGUAGGUCCUCCAGGAGGUGGAGGGCCACCAGGAACACCCAUCAUGCCUAGUCCAGCAGACUCAACCAACUCUGGAGACAACAUGUAUACUUUAAUGAAUGCAGUACCUCCUGGACCUAACAGGCCUAAUUUUCCAAUGGGCCCUGGGUCAGAUGGUCCCAUGGGUGGAUUAGGAGGAAUGGAGUCACAUCACAUGAAUGGCUCUUUAGGCUCAGGAGAUAUGGACAGUAUUUCCAAGAAUUCUCCCAAUAAUAUGAGCCUGAGUAAUCAGCCGGGCACUCCUAGGGAUGAUGGCGAAAUGGGGGGAAAUUUCUUAAAUCCUUUUCAGAGUGAGAGUCAAAGUCCCCAAAAGAGAAAUACUUGGAUGAUGGUUGAGAACCUGCACCACCGCCUGGAGGGUAGUGCAGCCUUGGAAGUGGGUCCACACUGGCUGCGCUGUUCUGUCUGCCAGUACUCCCCUAGCAUGACAAUGAGUGUGUGAUCCAUUACCAAGUCUCCUCAUGGAAACCACAGUGAGUCAGCCCUUCACAGAACUACUACGGAAGAAAAUUAUUCAUCACAGUGUACAGUUAAACAAAGGAAUCUCAGUCACACCAAACCAACCUUUUUAUUUCCUGCUCUCUCCCCUAUUUUGUGAAGAAAGCGGGUCCAAACGUGAUUCGAACAACUGUACAGAGCGGCAUAUUAGAAUUGCCCUCAACGGAACUGCAAAUGAUUAUCUGUGUAUGUAUAUGUGUGGGAAAGAGAAUGUAUUGUAUGUGUGUAUGUUAUAUGGACACAGGCACAUACAUACAUUGACCCACAGGACAUUGUAAAAUACUAUCACAUGACAUCUUAAGUAGAAAUAAGUAGGGACUUUUAUUCCAUCCUUUUUUUCACGUUUACAUUUUAAUUAUUAAAAGUUGCUCCUGCCCCUCCCUGAUCUAUUUUGUGCUGUGUAUAUCACUGCUUUAUAUAAGUUAUUUUUUAAGGUGAACUCAGAUGUUAUGGUUUUGUAAAUGUCUGCAAUCAUGGAUAGGAAUAAAAUCGCUUAUUUGAGAGCUUUCAUUAAA